AUGGCAAAGACAAAAGGAAAUGAGAGUAUGAAGAAGAAGAAGAACCCAUUCAUGGAACCACCAAAGAAGCAAAUCAAGCUAGGGAGUAGUAGCUCCAAUGCAAGAGCAGCAAUACCAACUUCACCACAUUCCAUUGAUGCAAUCAAGAACAUGUGGAGAGUCCAAGAGAGAGAAGAUGAUUGGGCACUUGUAACCUUUGUUGGAGAACAAAAUCAAGACCCAAGAAAGUGUAAGAAGGCAAUGGAGAAGGUGAACAUCGAGCCAUGUGUGAAGAUGGACACCCAAACCCUUGAUCUUCUCAAGAUAAGAGAUGAUGUCACAUGGUACAUAAGGAAGCUAGGCUUGAGCAAGCUCUUCAAGCUAGAAUGUAGUGAGUACUCACAACUCACCAAGGAGUUCCUCUCCACAGUAGCUCUUGCCUUUCCCAACCACAAUGGAGACCAACCAGCUGGUGAUGGACUCCUACUCUUCAAGAUAGGCGAUGCCAAUGGGCGCAUAUCCAUCUCAGCUCUAUGCCAACUCUUUGGACUUCCCAAUGAGACAGCACAUGACUUCAAGGAGAACUCAAAGAGGAAACAAGCUGCCUUUGCUGAUUGGACACACUUUGCCAAUGAACCAUUCUUGCCUUCAAGGUCAAAGGUGUCUAGAAUCACUCAUCCAGCCAUUCGCUAUGUGCACCGCCUCAUCUCCACCACUUUCCAAUGCAAACAAGAAGCCAACAAGGUCACAACUGAUGAGUUCUACAUCCUCACCACACCAUUCAUCAAGCAUGAGUACAAGGCCAACCUUGGACUUUUACUUGCCAAGACAUUCAUCAAUGUGAGGAAGCUAGCUAAAGACUUGGAAGGCAACAAGAAGCUUUGUGUUCGUUUUGGGAGGCUUAUCACGGCCAUAGUACUGCAUGUGGGGAUUGACAUUCCCAACUAUGAGCCACUACCCAAGCCAACCCCUUUGGAUCUCCAUGCUCUUCAGCACAUCCACUUCCUAAACCGUUGGACUAAAGACCCAACUCGGUUUUGCUAUGAGUUUCCAAUUGGUCCAGCCAACACUUCCCUUGUCUUGCUGCCACAUGAGACAUCCCAAGCCUACGCUCAGGAGUUGUCACUUUCCAGCCCAAUGAGGAAGAGUUCUAUGUUCCAUCAAGUGAGAAACCAUCAUUCCCCAUGCUCACCUAUCGCACACUUCAGCAUGCAGUCAAGACUCAACGCCGCUCCAAGAACGCCAUGUUCUCACUACUGGCAUGGCUGCGCACAAGCUCUAGACCGUGUUAACAAGCUGGAGAAGAUAGUGGAAUGCCAAUCUCGCUUCAUCUCACGCCUAGUCCGCGUAGUUCGCCACAUUGCACCGGAGAGACUCUUUCGCCCUUCUUCCACCGCUAGAGAGCCAUAUGAGCCUGACCUUGGUGAGUUCUCACUAGACUCAGAGCUUGGUUCAGAAGGCGAUGACCCCAUAGAUGAGGAAGAGAGUUCUUCUCACUGCCACACAUAG